AUGGUUUCCGUUGGGCACGAUGACGCGGACGCGGACGCGGAGUGGGAGAUACUCGACGAUUUCGAGUGCAGUUUGGCUCGAGAAAACAUCGUCGCUUCUUCAAGCGAUGUCGACGAUCACGCGGAUUCAACGCUCGAGACGUCGGUAUCGAUAGCCUCGGAUCGUUUCGAUGCCACUGAUGGGCGCGCACAUGGCGCGCGAGACGAGGGCGACGUCUCGGAAGAGGAAACAUUGGACGCGUCGGGCGAAGAGACGCUCGGGACGUCAGCUUUGGACGACGAGACGUCCCGUCCAACGUCCAAAGCUGACGCGUUCGUCGAGCGCGUCGCGGUCGACGAAGACGAUGAAACGCUCGACAAGGCGUUGGAGCGGUUCUUGGCGGGCGCAAUAGAGUCGGUUCGGGAGUUACGAUCGAUCAUCCAAUGUGGAGCCGAGGAGUUUUCCGAAGCCGCGUUGGAGCAUUGGAAACGACUGCGUCGAUGGAUUGCGCGCCUGAUCAGACGGAGAAAAGAUCUCGCCCGGCGUCCUUACGCGAAAAUGGUUUUUGUCGUCACGCUCGGUGGUCUCGUUUUCAUCAUUCGUCGACGAUGGCUCGUGACCGCGCUUCGUGCGGAGUGCGCGCAGCCGGAAAUCGGCGUCUCUCGGCAGGGAGCGCGCAGCUUUUUGUACUUUCUUGGGCCUACCGAGCGGCGGAGCUUCUUCGAAACGGACGAAACGCGCUGGCUCAUGUAG